CCAGCAUUUCCAUGAGCCUCCUGCUCGGGUUGUACAGCGCCCCGUCGCUCGGGCUGGGCGGCGCGCGCACCGCGUGCGCCACGUCGCGUGCGCACGCGUGCAUGCAGCAGCAGCAGCAGCCGGGUCCUCCGUACGCCGGGCCGCGGUCCACACCGCUUCUGGACACCGUCUCGACGCCCAACGACCUCAAGGGCUUCUCGCUGGCGGAGCUCAAGCAGCUGUCGCAUGAGCUGCGGUGGGAGACCAUCAACGCCGUCUCCAAAACCGGAGGCCACCUCGGCUCCUCGCUCGGAGUCGUCGAGCUCACCGUCGCGCUGCACUACGUCUUCAACACGCCGGCCGACCCGGUGUACCCGCACAAGAUCCUGACGGGUCGGCGCGAGCGCAUGCCCACCCUCCGGCAGGCCGGCGGGCUCAGCGGCUUUGCCAAGCGGUCAGAGUCGGCUGAGCGGGCGCGCCAGCGCGCCGAGCAGCGGGCGCAGCAGGAGCAGGCGCAGCGGGAGGAGGCGGAGCGGCGCGCGCGGGCCUCCCAGCAGGGCCAGCACGGGCUUCAGCAACAGCUGACUGCUGCCCAGCAGACGCAUGCGCGACUUCGGGCAGAAAAUGCGCAGCUGAGCGCCGCGUCCCAGUCGGCGAGGACGUCCGCCAUCGACAGGCUUGUCGAUACGGUCGACAGCAGCUCGCCUGGCGGCACCGUGCUGUCCGUGGCUGCUGGACCGCUCGCCCACUUCAACAGCCAAUACCAGAGUGACGAUGCUUCGCGAGCUGUGGGCUAA